AUGGUCCUACACACCGCCACGUACCCAAGUGCCUUCCUGGGCUGUCUUGGAGGCCUCUCCUGGGCCUGCAUCUUUCCCUGCUACUGGUUGUUGGACCGGCUGUUAGCCUCUUGCGUGGCUACAUCUCUGGAAAAGCGCCGGCGCUCGCAGGAUCCCUGCUCCUUCCCAGCUCUGGGUGUUUUGAUAUCUACUCCUCUCUACUUGCUGCUCCUGUUGGCUUCCCUGCCCCUGGCCCUGUUGGGCUUCCUGUUCUGGGCUCCCUUACAGACCUGCCGUCGGCCCUACGUGUACACUUACCGCUGGCCCGACAAAAACCGCACUGACCAGCAGGGGGCACCGGCAGCACUUUCUGACUGGCGGCCGCAGGGCCGUAGUUUCUGCUUUGGCAGUGCCAAUGUGUGCCUGCUUCCAGACGGGUUGGCACGCUUCAACAACCUAGCGGACACGCAGAGGCGCGCGCGCGAGGUGGGGAAGCGUAUCCGCCACGGAGCCAGCCGGCCUCAGAUUAAAAUUUACAUCGAUUCCCCUACGAACACCUCCAUCAGCGCCGCCUCCUUCAGCAGCCUGGCAACGCCUGGCGCUGCCGGUGGGUUCCGCCGCACCUCCUCCCUGGAACAGCGCCCAGAACCUGAGUCUGAGCUGCCAGCAGACUGCCCAGUCCACCAGAGUGUGCCCACGUCCGAGUGUCCGGUCCACGGUGCUGGGGCUCACCCCUCGUCAGAGUGCCCUCUACAUUCCACUAUGACAGCAGAGAGUACUCAAGACUGCCCCCUGCAUGGGGUAGCAGACCUGCCUAAUUCCACCGAGUGUCCCAUGCAUUCUCACACAGCAGGGGAAGGCCAGCAGACCUCGGAAGACUGCCCCAUCCACCCAUCCAGCGUUCAGAUCAGCAUCAGCGCUCCCGAGCCAGAACCAGAGUCAGCCGAAAAUGCCGACCCAGCCGAGAACCACCGGGCCAGCGAGGGUGACCUGGCCAGCCUGGACAGCCACACGACCUCCCGGGAGUCACUGACUCGUUUCCAUGCCAACGAUGGAGGGGGCGGCGGUGGGCCCUCGCCCUCCAACAACACGUUGUCCCACCGUACCUCGUUCUUCAAGCGUUCAUCCACCUCCGCCGGCCGCAAGAGACGCCACGCCGACGAGACCUUCGACCACGAGAUCUCUGCCUUUUUUCCGGCCAACUUGGACUUCCUGUGCCUGCAAGAGGUGUUUGAGCGGAGGGCUUCCGACCGAUUGAGGGCUCAGCUGCACCGGUACUUCCCGUACGUGUUAAGUGACGUGGGUCGUUACGCGUGGAAAGGCUGCUGUUCACGCUUCAAGUUCCUCAACAGUGGCCUGCUGCUGGCCAGCCGCUACCCUAUUCUGGAUGCUCACUAUGAGUGUUAUCCCAACGGGCGAGGAGAAGAUGCGUUGGCUGCCAAAGGAGCACUUUUUGCUAAGGUGCAGGUGGGCACCUCCCAUCAAGAACAGAGGGUUGUGGGAUACAUAACAUGUACUCAUCUGCAUGCUAUUGAAGGUGAUGCGUCUGUGCGUUGUGAGCAGCUUGACCUGCUGCUGGAGUGGGGGGCGGAGUUUCGUAAAGCCACGUCACAGCCGGAAGGGGAGAAGGCUCUGGAAGACCUAGUGGCCUUUGAUGUCGUCCUCGGCGACCUCAAUUUCGACAACUGCUCCUCAGAGGACAAACUGGAGCAGCAGCAUGCUCUGUUCACCCAUUUCAAAGACCCAUGUCGUAUUGGUCCUGGAGAAGAUAAGCCAUGGGCUUUAGGUACCUUCUUGGACACAGAUGGUCUCUAUGAUGAGGAGGUCAGUUCACCAGAAAGCCUACAGAAAGUCAUGGAGAAUGAAGAGGGCAGGAAAGAGUAUUUGGUUUUUCCCACAAGCAAGAACCAGUGUCACAGUCAGAAAGGUCGGAAGAUACCAUUGAAGGGGAACGGGAGAAGGAUCGACUACAUCCUUUACAGUGAAGAGGGGUUGCAACAGGAAUGGAAAGUGGACGUGGAGGAGUUCAGUUUCAUUACCCAGCUGGCGGGACUCACCGAUCACCUCGCCGUAGCCAUGAGACUGGCCGUAUCCACUGGGGAAGAGGAGCCAUAG